CGUAUCCGUGUAAAGAUGGCGGAAGUUGAUGAGUCUAGCAAGCCUCUGUUUGCAGGUUUGUCUGACAUCUCAAUUUCAGAGGACAUCCCAGUGGAGGGAGAUAUAUCUGUGCCUGUGGGCUCGCAGAAUGCUGACAAUGAUCUCUCGACGCUGGAUGAGCCUGUCAAAGACACUAUUCUGAGGGAUCUAAGAGCCAUUGGACAUAAAUUUGUCCAUGUUAUGUACCCCAAGAAAAGUUCUGCACUACUCAGAGACUGGGACUUAUGGGGACCUCUUAUCCUCUGUGUGACUCUGGCUUUAAUGCUGCAGAGUGGGUCUGCUGACAGUGAGGAGGAUGGCAGACCACAGUUUGCAGAAGUCUUUGUCAUCAUCUGGUUUGGUUCUGUAAUCAUCACCCUCAACUCCAAACUCCUGGGAGGAACUAUAUCAUUUUUCCAGAGUCUGUGUGUGUUGGGGUACUGUAUUCUUCCUCUGACCGUGGCCAUGAUAGUUUGUCGUAUCGUUCUCCUGGGGGGCUCAGGCAGCUUCGUUUUUGCUGUCCGUCUUAUAGUGGUCACCGCAUCCUUCAGCUGGUCAACAUUUGCCUCCACAGCAUUUCUUGCUGACAGCCAACCAGCCAAUAGGAAAGCCCUGGUCGUGUAUCCAGUGUUUCUGUUCUACUUUGUGAUUGGCUGGAUGAUCUUGACAUUUUCACCUUCUCAUUAGCAUAUACAUACCCCAUGCCAAUUGCAAAAUGAACUUCUCUCCUUUAUUAAGACAACCAGCAGACCAUCUGGGAGCUGGCUAGUGAUUGGCCUAGCCUAAAAACAGGCAGAGCACUUUGAUGGACAUUCAGAAAGGGACUGAAGACAGUAAGGGGAUUAUUGCAUAGAUUUCACUCCUCCCCAUCCCUCAUUCAGUUGAAUAAGAAAGGAAAGGAGUAGAGGAGACUAAUUCUUCAGCGCUACUAAUUUAACAACUGCCUACAUAUCUUCAUUAUGUGAAUCUUUCGUGGUGUGAGGAAUGUUAGUGCCCCUUCUGAGCAGUUCCAGAUGUACUCACACCCUAACACGGAGCCGUUCUAUCUUCUGUGUGUCUCGGGUAGGACUUUAUGUGUGAAUGUGCAGUGAUUGAGCAGUGCCACUGUUGGCUCUGUUGAGAGAAUUAUUCAGCUAUCAUCAGGCGGCACAUUCACGUCAGUCCCCUCACAUCGCUGCACACAAAAUCUUUUCUUUGGUGUUUUCUUUUUUGUUCUGAAUGAGGUUUGCGCUUCAUUAGAUUUGUUUUUUUUUUCCGGUGGAAGUUAAUACAUUCCAGAAUGAAAUAAACAUAUACUUUAUAUGUGCUGCAUAGACUCUGGGUUCUGUCAUUUUCUGCCCAUGGAAAAACGGAAAAUAAAAAAUGGAACUUGAGGUUG